UUAUUUGUCCUUCAACAAAAUGCUAGCUUUUUCCUCUUCUAUUUUUCCAAACAUGAGUAGUGAAUGGUCCUUUGAAGAAGCACAAAAGUAUGAUCAGCAGAAUAAUUAUAUUCUACAAAAUGAGAAUACUAACGACUUGUUUGAAGGUUUACAUAUUGAUAAUAUUCAAUAUUCUCCUUCAUCUUAUCAGCAACAAUAUUACAAAGAAGAUAGCUGUGAUAAUCAGUCAUUAAUGGCAAAGAAGCUAAGCCAUAACGCAAGCGAGCGUAAUCGACGGAAGAAGAUGAAUUUCCUUUAUUCCACUCUUCGUUCUCUGCUACCUCCUGCUAAUUUAAAAAAGAAAAAGCUAAGCUUUCCAGCAACAAUAUCUUAUGUGCAAGAAUACAUACCAGAGCUGAAGAAGGAAAUAGAGAAGCUAAGUCAAACAAAGGAUUUGCUUUUAUCAAAGAAAGCUGGUUCAUUAGUCCAGCCUAAUAAUAUUAAUCAGAGAAAUACAACUUCUUCUGCAUCUUCAAUAUCUAUCUCUGCAAGUCCACUCUGUAAUGGGCAGGUUUUGGUACAGAUUUCUACAACUCAGACAAGUUUUCCAAUUUCACAAGUAUUCCAAACUUUAGAGGAAGAUGGGUAUCUUUUGCUAAAUGCAACGUCCUUUAAAUCUUCUGGUGAAAAGAUUUUUCACAACUUGCACUUUCAGGUAAUUGGCAUUUUCUUUAUUUUGAAAAAAGUUCUCCAAAACCAAAUUGGAGUUGGGUUAAUUUCACUAGGGUCGAUAUGUACAAGUAAAGUCACAUUUUUUUUCUUCUUUUUGUAACUUUAAAAUAAGGGGAAUUAGUCCCUCAAAUAUCGACCAUUAUGAUUUAUGGUUAAGCACAUAUAAUAUUUAAUAAAUUAAUAUGUGCACUUUUGAUCCCUCUGACAGUGAACCUAGUGCUAAGCCAUCCAAUUAUCAAUGGGUUGUUAAGUUUGUAUAGUUACUCCAUAUUUGACGGUAAUAUACUUGUAAAAAUAGUCUAAAUAUCACAUAUUGACUAUACAAAGGGACCAAAAACACACAUAUUAAUUAAUUGAAGAUUAAAUGUGCUUUGCCAAAUAUU